AUGGCUUGUGUCCUCUUCGGAUUCCUUGCUGCAACCAUACUCCUCGUGCUCCUCUUUUAUCCGCCGGACACACCAGAGGUUACUCUCGCCUCCCUCACAGUGACGAAGUUCAACUUCACCGGAGAUCAUAUCUCCGGCAACUUCAAUAUCCAGUUUCAAUCCUUAAACCCUAACUUAGGGACUGAUUUCUUCUACAAAGACGUUGAUUGCUCAGUUUACUACGGCAAGCACCGUCUGGCCUCGACCGUGCUCUCGGGCUUUGCACAAAAGGAGAGAGAGACGAAGCUAAUCAACGCCACCGUCCAUCUCACGCAAGGGACCACUGCCAAAGGAAUCGGCAAUGACUUGACCAUUUUCAGUGUCUCACAGUUCGAUGUGACGCUGACUAGUCUCAUAGAAUGGGAACCGUGGAGCUUCUAUUACCUCAGGUUUUCAUGCGAUGACGUGGCAGUGGGUUUCCUGGCUACAACUGGUGGCCACGGCAAGAUGAUCGGUCCGGCGAGGAAGUGCCAGGUGUCAAAAAUUUCUGAAUCUUCUUUUUAA